AGAACACAGUUGGAAAUUUUUUUUGUUGGAGCCUUGGAGUUGGACUGUUGGAGGUAGGGAAUUUUUUUUUGUUUGUUUGUUAGAAAUCAAUGGAAACUCCACUCCUUGAAGAGGAUAAACCCAACACUACCGCCAGUGGUAAUACUGGGUCUGGGUUGCUCUUGCUCCGGCGGGUGAGCGUAGAGUCUAAAAAGCUUUGGAAGAUUGCAGGGCCAGCGAUAUUCACAAUGAUAUGUCAGUACUCGCUUGGUGCCAUCACUCAGGCCUUCAUUGGACAUGUGGGAACGCUUGAGCUCGCCGCCUUUUCUGUCGCAAACUCUGUAGUAGCCGGAUUUGGCUACGGGCUUAUGUUGGGAAUGGGGAGUGCUUUAGAGACAUUGUGUGGGCAAGCAUUUGGAGCAGGGAAGUUUACGAUGCUGGGAAUUUACAUGCAAAGAUCAUGGCUCAUUUUGCUCUGCACUGCUCUUCUUUUGGUUCCAAUAUAUGUUUUCUCUGCUCCCAUCCUCAUACUCAUGGGACAGACUGUCGAGAUCGCUGAUGCUGCUGGGAGGUUCGCCACUUGGAUGCUUCCUCAAUUGUUUGCAUAUGCCCUGAACUUUCCAAUACAGAAGUUCUUGCAAGCUCAAAGGAAAGUCAUGGUGAUGGCUUGCGUUGCAGCUAUCGUUCUGGUGGUACAUGUACUGAUUAGUUGGUUGGUAAUAUUUAAACUGGGGUGGGGUUUGAUCGGUGCGGCAGUGAGUCUCAACUUUUCAUGGUGGAUCAACAUCUUUGGUCAGUCGAUGUACAUUUUCAUAUCCAAGUCGGGUGGAGCUUGGACUGGUUUCUCUUUGCAAGCCUUUGCAGACCUGUGGGGAUUUAUCAAGCUUUCCUUGGCUUCUGCCGUGAUGUUAUGUCUGCAGUUCUGGUACUUGAUGAUAAUAAUAACAAUAACAGGACAUCUAACCAAUCCAUUGGUACCAGUUGAUGCCCUUUCCAUCUGCAUGAGCAUAAAUGGAUGGGAUGCAAUGAUUGGGUUGGGAUUCAAUGCUGCCAUAAGUGUGAGAGUAUCAAAUGAGCUUGGAAGCCGUAACCCUCAAGCAGCAAAAUUCGCAGUAGCUGUGGUGUCUGCCACAUCUUUGUCAAUAGGAGUGUUAUGCAUGAUUUUGGUCUUGACAACAAGAUUCAAUUUUCCUGUUCUGUUUACUAGCAACAUUGAAGUCAUGAAAGAAGUUAGCAAGCUUGCACUUUUGCUAGGAGCCACUGUGCUUCUGAAUAGUCUUCAACCAGUCUUGUCUGGGGUUGCUAUUGGAGCUGGAUGGCAAGCUCUCAUAGCUUAUAUCAACAUUGGGUGCUAUUACUUUGUUGGCUUACCUGCUGGCAUAGUUUUGGGGUUUAAAUUUAACUUUGGGGCUGAGGGCAUUUGGGGAGGGAUGAUAGGUGGCAUUGUUUUACAGACCAUGAUAUUAGUGGCAAUUACUUUAUACACUGACUGGAAUAAGGAGGCUUCAGAAGCUGAGAACCGUAUCCGGAAGUGGGGAGGAUCAGUAGAUGAGAACUGAUUUACUUUGCACAAUUUGCUUCCUGUUGUUUCUGCUGUUCAACAAAAACUAGUGCCAUCAGGAAUCAGGAUAACAUGAUGCCAAGGAAAAUGAGAUGGUCUUCCUAGUGCAUGUCAUACUUUGUUGAAGGCUUGAUCUGUUCCAAUCUAGAAAGUAGAGAAAUUUCAUUUUUAAA